CGCUGAUAGGGAAGCUCCUCUAUUCCUCUACGAAUGGAGGAAUCCAUCCGGUCCUGGAUGAUUGAGUACUUUUUACAGGAGACUGCUGCAGGAGUGUUUUCUGUAUAGGCGUCCUCCAGGAUCUUUUACCGAAACCCAGUGCGAACAGCCUACCGUCAGAGCCUUGGACCUCAAGUUGCCGGCGGCGACAUACACGAAUCCGUAGCCGCCACGGAACCGUACGUACUGUGCCCGCGCCGGAUCACUACACAACUCCCGACCCGGCCUACAAAUACCUCCAUACACAACCCCUUUGCCACCAAACAGGCAAACCAAGCAACGUGCAGCUAUGCGUCGCGAGGGCCGCCAGCACGGGUGGGUGUUCGCCGUCGACCGCGGCCUGGUCGAUGACCCCGAGGGCAAGAAGCGCCGCACGCGCGCGGGGCAGGUCGUCGAGGGCACGGCGAACGGCGGCGGGUUCGUCAGGGCGCCGCGCAAGCCCACCAACCACUCCAAGCCCGGCGUCGGCCGCGCGUACAGGGGCCUGGUCGGCAAGGGGGAGGCCGGGUCCGGCAGCAGGGGCAGGCGCAGGUUCGAGCACGACGAGGUCAAGAUGUACCACCUCGAGGUCCAGGGCGCCGAGGACGCCGCCGGCGAUGCGUACGACCUGCUGGACGCGUGAGCGUGAACGCGGCUGCGGCAUUUCCUGGAAGCAGAGGAUGUUAGGCGGGGACUGAGGCGGCUUUGUGAUUUUAUUGUUUCGUUUGUGUGGCCGGACUUUAUCAUCAGGAGACGACUAUAUGCAUGCAUGGGUUAUUUGUACUGCACUACUACUAUAUGUACAAAAUGUUUCAGACCUCGUUGUUACUAAGAGUUAAGAUUUCUAGCGAUCUACUCAA